AUGGCUGUCCAAAAGUUAUCCGAUAAAAGGCAUAAGAAGAUGCUUAGGAGAAACCUCGAAGGCUUGUUAAGUAAGAUCUACAAGUAUGGAAAUCUACGAGGCGUCGAGUUGGGGUUAUACGUGAAUUAUAUCGAAAAAAACGAGUUCGUCUCGUACGAAACAGGAGGAUUCUUUCGCGAGGAGAUUGAAGAAAAGAAGAGCCACCCCAACGCGAGGAAUUAUACGCCUGAAGAUAAGAGACUCUUGCAGCUAAUGGAAAAGAUGAACUCGAUCGGGAAGACAGGGAGCGAGACACGCCGGGACAGUGAAAGCGAGAAAGGGAUAGAAGCCUUCCCGGAGUUUCCCGAUUUCCAAUUAACUCUAUUUAUCAGCUAA